CACUUUCAGCCAUACGUGCUCGAAAGCUACAAGGCCCUAUUAGGGAUUCGAAAAGUCAUCUAGCGGGUGAGCGAGCAGAGCUAGCCCUCCGAACCAAAAAAAAGCAGGAUGCAGGCUGCUUUCUCAUCCAGAAAAACAGCGCCGGCCAAAAUAAAGAAAGCACUUCUGCAGCGAAAAGCCUGAAAUGGGAACCAGCCUCGCCUGGGGAGAAGGGAAGAAACAGAGGCAAACAUCCCGCCCGUGACCAACACGCAACCACACUACAGGAAGCAGUAGCCUCCGGUGAUAAAUAGGAGCCCCGGCAGCACAGGAUGCGCGUGGGGUGAGCUCGGCGGGCCGAGGGGAUGUGAGGCAGUGUCCGUCCAUCCGUCCAGCCGGCGGGAUGGCCGCGGCCCUGCUGCUGCCGCUGUGGCUGCUGCUGCUGGUGACGGCGGUGGCACGGGGUGAGGACGCCGAGGUGCUCUGCGCCGACACCGCCUGCUACACGCUGCACCGGGCCGAGCUGGGAUGGAGUGCUGCACAAGAGCGCUGCCAGCACAACGGCGGCAACCUGGCUCCAGCAAGCAGCCGGGCCGAGGCCGAGCGACUUGAGCAGCUGCUGGCAGCCAGCGCGGCCGCCUCGGCGUGGAUCGGGCUGCGGCUGGAGCGCGGCCACUGCGUGCAGUCCCAGGAGCCGCUGAGGGGCUUCGCCUGGGCGGCCGGCGGGGAGCCCGGCAACUACUCAGCCUGGCUGGCCGAGCCCCACGUCACCUGCCUCAGCACCCGCUGCGUCGCCCUGCGGCCCGCCAGCCCCCAGGGGCCUCCAGGAUGGGUCGACCGGCCGUGCCGGGCCACGCUGCCCGCCUUCCUCUGCAAGUUCAGCUUCCGGGGGAUGUGCGGGCCCCUGCGGCUCGGGGGGCCCGGCCGGGUCAGCUACGAGACGCCCUUCAGGGUGCGCAGCCCAGCACUGGCAGCCGCCCCCUUUGGCACGCUGGCAGAGGUGGUCUGCGAGGGGGCUGCGAGCCCGGCCUUCUCCGUAUGCAAGGGGCAGCUGGAGGGGGACAGCUUUGCCUGGCAUCCUCCUGGGCCCCUCUGCCCCAACACCUGCACCUACAACAACGGGGGCUGCCAGCAGCUGUGCGUGGAGGCAUCUGGGCAGCCGUCAUACUGUACUUGCCAUCCUGGCUACGUGCUGGGCCCCGACAUGGCCUCCUGUCUGCCCGAGGAUGCCUGCCACCCCAACCCCUGCCAGGGGACCUGCCAGCCCCGGCCCGGAGGCUUCGAGUGCAUCUGCGAGGCUGGCUACGUCCUGGCACCUGAUGGCCUCCACUGCGUGGAUGUGGAUGAGUGCCUGGAGGAGCCCUGCAAGCACGAGUGCCACAACACGGCUGGCAGCUUCUACUGCUCCUGCCAGCCCGGCUACCAGACAGCAGGGCCUGAUGGCCACGACUGCCGCGAUGAAGAUGAGUGCGCCCGGCCCAAUGCCUGCCCCCAGCUCUGCCUCAAUGUCCCCGGCUCCUUCCGCUGCACCUGCAAGGCCGGCUACCAGCAGCAGCCUGGCAGCGAUGCCUGCCUGGAUGUGGACGAGUGCCUGCGAGACCCCUGUCUCGGGUCCUGCCACAAUUUCCCCGGCAGCUUCAAGUGCAUCUGCCCGGCUGGCUUCCUCCUGCAGGACGAUGGACACAGCUGCCUCGCUGCACCCACCACAGGAGAGCAGCUGGCAGGCACCAUGGGGACCACCGCCAUCCUCCAGACUGCCAGCACCGCGUGGACCGUGGGCACCCCCAGCCCUGCAGCCGUUCCCGGUGGGUUGACACCACCAGCCCCCACAGUGGUGGUGUCGGAGCACAGCCCCGAGCAUGGCGCUGAUGGCCCCCGGCUGCUCCUCUACUACAUCCUGGGCAGCCUGGUGGCCAUCCUGCUGCUGCUGGCCUUUGCCCUGGCCCUGGUGGCCUGCAGAAAGAGGGCGGCUAGGCAGGAGAAACCAAAAGCCAAAAGCGCGGCGGACAACUACUGCUGGGUGCCUGAGCAGCCCGAGAGCCGCAGCAGGGCAGGCAGUGAGCGCAGGUAACAGUGCCCACGCUGCGGGGCUGCAAGCAAAGGAAAUCCAAAGUGAAGUGGGGUGGGCGAUGUUCUUUCCGAGAUGAUUUUGCAUGCCUUCGUGUCUGAGAGCCUGUCUUGGAGCUUUGGGCAAAGCAGGAUCCGAUCCCAACCCCAAGGCAGGUGCAAGUGUUGGGUGAGCAGAUAUGAAGGCAGCCCAAAUCAUGCUGGGAGUGUUAGCUGAAAUGUGUAAACCUCAGCUUCCCAAAGUGAAGGGUUAAUGGGGAAGGAGCAGAGAGCUUGAGAUGGAAUGGUGUAGGGGUUCCCUGCCUGCAUUGCUCCUCAGCUCUGCAAAACCUCACAGGACUUGGAAAUUGCAGCCAAGGAGAAUACUGAUUUGGCUUCCUAAGAGAAAACUAUUAAUCUCAUCUGUUAUUCGGUCUCCCCUUCUCAGAUUUAAAUUGUGGAGCUUCCAAAGCAGCAAUUUCCCUGCUCCCCCACCACCAAUCCCUUGUCAUUCAAAAAAAUAUAUAUGUUUAUGACUGAGUCCCUCUCCUUACCUACACUGCAUUCUGCAGUCUGCCGUUCAACCCCCAUGUUCCUCUUGUUCUCAGUGAAACAGGGUUCACAUUUUGAAGUGUUUCACUGUGGCAAGAGCCAUUAGCUGCAGCCACAAGCAGCUGGCUUUCAUUGUUGAUAUUUUUGUUGUUGUUGCUUUUUAGAAGUUGUCAUUACAGAAGCCGUAGAAAUAAGCAUUUUAGAAGCCCAGCAGCAGAAAGACCCUCCAGCGAAGCAGGAGCUGUAGGGGUGGUGGGGCUUCAGGACUGUUUGAGUUAAGCAUGCGUGGGGUCUGGGCUGAAUGUUUUCUCCAUCCAUCCCUGUAAGCAAUGUACUGGAUGUUGUGUGUUCACUAACUACUGUAUAAAACCUCUAAACACCCUUCAAAGCAAAUGCUCUCUCAGGGUGAAGUUUCUCCCCCAUCUCAGGCUCGGUCCUGCAAAGAAGAGGGAAGACACAUCUCCCUCUGGAUUUGUACUGCGGGGAAGCAGCAAGAGAUGGAGCUGCUGGCUGACAGAGAAAUGGGAGCACCCCCAGCAGUGCUGCAUCCUGACUGUCCCAAUGCAGGCAAGCACCCUUCACCCUAGCAGCAGGGAGGCAGCUCACAGCCUGCAUUCAUUUGAAGGGUACAUCGGUUUCCUGAAGAUUCUGCUGUUUUUAUUGUAUACUUGAGGCUUAAUUGCAACAGAAAUGGGAACUGAACACAAAGGAUUUUGCUGCAGGCACUGACCUGCAUCCUGUUCUUCCGCAUGUGGAAGAAACCCCUUUCCUGCUGUUCUUUCUUCUUCAUUCCUCCAUUGUAAAACAAAACAAAACAGGAAAGUGUAGCUCCUAGCUGAUA